CCCACAGACAGACACUAAAAGAACAUCAAGUACAACAACUCUCCAUCUACUUGAACGUUUUCUACAAAGAUGCUUCCUGGAUCGCUAAUAUUGGUUGCUUUCUUCUUGAACUUUAGCCUUGCAGAGACCCAGGUGCCUGAGGGGAAGCUGUGUUACAUUCUGGAUGGGGUCCUUGGGAUGUACGGCAUCAUUCUCACCAUCUUGUACUGCAGACUUAGAAUGAAGCCGACCUACAUUAACACUGGUGAAUAUCCACAGGACACAGGCAGAUAUCAGAAAGAAGAAGGAAUUUAUGUUGGUCUAACCCAGCAUGGCCAGGACACCUAUGAGACUAUCAAAGUGCAGAAGAAAGCCAUGCUGGUGUGACAAAAGUGGAAGAGAGUUGUGCUAGCAGUGGUAAACAGCAAACCACAAACCCUGCUAAAAACUGCAUUUAGGACUUUAUAUGACAGCUUGCUUUCCUUUACAAAAUCUCAAGCGUAGGUCGUGCCCAUGUUGCUGGCCGUUGAAUGAAGGCCCAAGUGAGUCAGUGUUCAAAACACCUUUUAAGUACUCUGGAAAACAACCGUAACUAUCUCUGACUGAUUAUCAGUGUCAAUGUCAUUCAAAAUGUAUAUUAAAUGGAUGUAAUUAUUUAAAUUACAUGUAAUCAGGGAUCCCCAUACUUUUUAUCACAGUAUAAAUUAUAGUUUUUUAUACAUAUUUUUAGGGAAAUACUAGGAUUCAGGUAAAGUGGACAUGUAACGUUGUAUUGCUAUCAGGCUUGAGUUUUUGUAAUAAAUGUUAAGUUCAACCUGCUAGUAAACCAAAAGUUUUUUUUAAAUUAAUAAUAAUAACAGGCAAUCAGG